AUGACGACGGUAUGUCUUCGUUCCAUCAUUUCACCACCAAACCCUAUUACACCUGUCGUCACUUUCCAACAGAGUACCAACACCGCUAUCCAUGGCUUUAUUGCACAAUUGGACGUGACGUGGGUGCUCAUGCGUCCACCCGUGUUUUACUACGAAUCUGUUCCUGUUCGGACUGAUUUGAGUUACGAUUUGCGAAGUCGUUUUUCUGUAGGUUAG